UGAGAAAGGGAGAGCAAAAACAGAAACUGAGAAAAGACUUUGUGUUCUGCCAGACAAAAUGUACAGCCUGGACAAGGAGGUGGGCAGUGUGAGAUGAAACCCCUCGUAAAGAAACUGACUUGUAUUGGAAAUGGUGCUUGAUCCGGAAUGAGCGCGUCUAAACGCCACCUUUACCGCUCAGUUGACGAGGCUCGGGAUCUUCAAAAUGUUUCGUCUGCUGGUGAAUUUCUCAGGCAGGGACAACAAUUUAAACAAUUGGAUGCAGUCUCUCCUGCUCAGGGUAGGCACGAACCUGUACCUGUUACGCAAGAAAAACAUGCUGAGCCUGUAAAGCCAUCUAGUGCUGUUUCUCCUGGACCGUUGCUGGACUUUGAUGAUUUGCUUCUUCCAAGAAGCACUGCUCCCAGGCAACAUCUCAGCCCUGUGCGAAGUAGGCCUGCUCCUAGUGAUGCUCUCACUCCAUCUGAUGAGGAAGACUUGCCUGACGCGCGGCGGGUUACUGGCCACGCAGCCAUCAGCAAUGUUGAUCCUUUCUUGAUGGGACCCCAGGUUGACACUCAGAAUCUUCCCUCUCCUCUCGUGAAGCCAGCGCUAUUAGAUGGGGUGGAGUGCUUGAACAACCAUGAUACAAUAGCUGUGGAGACUCUUGAUUCUGCUGUUGGAUCUGGUGAAGUUCCAGUGUCCUCCUCAGUCACACGAUCACCUGUGAAAGUAGUGCGACAUAGCACAGACCGACUUGGGUCGCUACCAGUUUCCCAGGCAGCAGUGAGUAACAGUCUUGUAGAGAUAUCACAUACACCUGCUGCAGCUACGGAGAUCACAGACAGUGUGUCGCCGGUUAUGGAGCAGGACAGUACAGCAACCCGCAAAGCUAGUAACAAACCUAAAGGCCGCUAUGUUGCGUCUCGCUACAUGCAAGCUCCGUCUAAACCAGCUGGCAGCAGUAGGGCCGCCAGCACUACAGCUAACAAAGCUACUAAACCGAGUCCUCCCACCAACACUGUGGCCAAGUCCAUGGCACGGCCAUCAGCUCCUCAGAAAAGAGGCAUUGGAUCCAGUAAGCCAGGCCACGUUGGUAGUACAGUAGAAAGCUCUGCACAGCGUGGAAAGCCUGUGAAAGCCUUGGCUGGUCAUUCAUCACGCUCUGGCAUUGCUGCAUCUCAAAAGCAGCCCCGGGCAGGUCAGGCAACUGUUGCCAGGUCUUCUGGUCCAAUGUCCUAUCGUACACCCCAUCACCUGCCUGCCGAGCAAGCAUUGCUGAGAGCUCGGCAAGCAAUGGCCGACUCGAUCUUCACUCCAAGUCUGCAGCCGCCAUCGUAUACCACUGGUCAUGUGCCGACUGAGCAACACACUGCUCGUCAAGGCCCGACACAAACACCUACAGUAGCCAAGAGCUCAGGCGCACGACCCGCUUCUGGCUCUCGUGUCGGCAGCGGGCAGCGUGGUAGUGCCUCAACACCUGCCGCUGCAGUGCCUUCCUCGACACGUUCUCGGCCAUCCAGACCCGACCGUCAUCAGUCCACAGCGUGCUAUGCUCGAUCGAUGCAGUGGGCCUUCCUGGCCGCCAGGGCAGAGCAUAAUCUGAAGACACAGGAGAAGGCAGCUGAGCAACAGAUUCAUGCCGUGUGGCAAGAGGUUGAGUCGUUGCAGAGGCAAGAAACCGAGUACUUGCAACAACUUGCGUCGUUGGAGAAUGCCAAGCUGCUUGAUUCUGUCGUUUACAGCCAACUUGGAUCACUGCGGAGCAUUACUGGAUCGCUUGACAAGCUGGCCGACAGUCAUGGUAGCUUGGCCGAUGCACUUACGACUGUGUAUCACCAGCUACCUGUCAAGGGUAUCGUGCUACCGAAUGACAUGACCAAGUUAACCGAUGCCUUGGAGCAAACCGAAGAGGUGCUGGAGGGUGCUGCCAGCAGCUUGGUUCGGCCGGUAGGAGAGUCUGGUUAUCCUGGCACUGCUCGCACGUUGGACUCACUUAGGGGCUGUGUGGAGGAGGAACUCGUGGAACUGAAAGAGACUAAGCUGUUAUUGGAGAAAGCCUGCCGUCUGCAAACGUCACUGGCCAGCCUCGCCAUUCAUGAUGUUCAGGUCCAUUCAGAAUAGUCCUGUAUGCAAGUGAGAGUAGUUCAGGACAGUCAACCUGCCCCCUAGGUCACCAGCUUUCAGAGAGCAUAAAUGAGUAUGUGUGUUGCCUGGGUAUGGAAGAACUGCACUAAUAAAUAAUCCGAAUCUAAGCAUGCUGCAACCAUGUCCCACAUCAUAAAAAUCAUUCUCAACUUGUACUGUAGCCAUGGAAAUUCGUUAAUUUUGUUGUCUUAGGAUUGAAUUUGUGGCAUUGACGGAGGGCUUCUGACUGCCACGUUCAUGAUAGGAAAAUCACGUUGCAUCCAUGUAUAUUUUAGUUUUGAAGUACAUGUAUCACAUAGCUGGGCUAAUCUUUUCUGUUCUAUUUUAGGUGCUCUCUUUCGUCAAUUCAUGUAGAGCUGAAGCGUUCUCUCCUCCACUCAGGCCAUUGUUUUUUUGGAGACUGAACGGUGUCACCAGCGCUGAGUUUUCUUCUUCUUUUUUCUUGUCCGUAUUGCUACUAUGCGAUCGACACAUAUCUGCAUUCACGCUAAUGGAUUCCUGCUUCUUGAUUCCCUUCACGACGGCAGCUGGACUGUCUUCACAGUGCAUGUAUACUAUCACAAUGUCAAAUCAAUAUGAACAGCCUGUAUCAUGUGUAUACAUGUAUGCUCUUUUGAGAAUAGAAAUGAAACACUUGUACCGGUAUGUCUUUCUCAUUUCUACAUGGAUCUGGUCUAUAACUAGUAUAAGUAUAAGCAUACCCCAACACGCCGGCCCGAACUCGUUCUGAAAUGA